AUGUCUAGCAAAGAGACCAUUCCAAUGCACCAGCGGUCUCAGAAUGUCGCUGAACUAUUAACUGUCCUCAUGGACAUCAACAAGAUUAAUGGCGGCGACUCUACCACCGCAGAGAAGAUGAAAGUGCACGCAAAAAGCUUCGAAGCCGCACUGUUCGAGAAAUCAUCCUCCAAGGAGGAGUACCAAAAGACUAUGAAAUCGAAAAUUGACGCAAUGAGAAGCACAAGAGAUAAACGCAAGAGAGAGUCCGUGGGUUCUGCCUCUAUGAUGGCAAACCUAGGGCAAGAUGGUACCAAUAACAACAACAACAACAACAACAACAACAACAACAACCUGAACAUGGCCGCUAGCUUCAUGGGUGGGGAUAUGUUCGGAAGAAAUCAGUCACCUGCUCAGAACAGUAACGCGAACACUAACUUAAACACAAACGUUGGGCCCGGCGUAAACGGCCCUAAUGGAAACGACGGCACCGCGAACCCCCAGAUGUUCAUGAACCAACAGGCGCAGGCAAGACAACAAGCUGCAGCCAGACAACUAAAAAACAGACAGAUGGGAGGCUCAUCUGCACAGCAACAGCAACUUACGCAACAGCAACAGCAGCUGCUAAAUCAGAUGCGUGUAGCACCAAUUCCAAAAGAGCUACUCCAACGUAUUCCAAACUUACCACCAGGUGUCACCACUUGGGAGCAAGUUACUGCCUUGGCUCAACAAAACAGACUAUCAGCACAGGAUAUGAGCAUUGCUAAAGAUAUCUAUAAGAUACAUCAGCAGUAUCUGAUCAAAGCGAAGUUGCAACAGCAGCAGCAACGCCAACAGCAACAACGUCAACAGGGAAACCCUGACGUGAAUAAUAAUAUGGCCGGAUCUAACAACAAUAAUAACAAUAAUCUGCCCAUGGCUCAGCAGCAAAUGCAACAGAGACAGCAGCAGCAGCAACAGUCACAGCAGCAACAGAACAGAAACCCUAACCAAAGACAUAACGUGCUAUCACAGAUAAACCAAAUGUUCACCGCAGAUGAGCAAAGAGCUCUAUUGCAAGAAGCUAUGGAGGCUUGUAAAAACUUCCAGAAGACUCACUUCGGUGGUCAAAUGUCUGAUGCUAACAAGCAGGCUUUUAUCAAGAAGUUCAUAAAUUCAAAGGCUUUGAAGAAACUAGAAGCUAUGAGAAUGGCUCAAGGUGGAAACAAUAAUGCUAAUUUGAAUAAAGGGCAAGCCGAUAUGCUACAGAGACAGCAAGCUAACAUGCAAAUGAACCAGCAACAACAAAGAGCAGCUCAGAACCAACGUAGAGGUCCAGUAAUGAACGAUGCUGUUAGUCAAGGGUAUAACAACCAAAUGAACUCUGCCGCUGAUUCCACAAUGAAUAACUCUAACCAGCCAAUGAAUAUUGGAAAUAAUGGUGUUAAUAUGAUACCAAACCAAUCUCAGCAGCAGCAGCAAACAAAUAGACCAAAGGAGCAAACCCCACAGCAACCUCAGCAGCGUAUACAGUCAAACAGAUCUGUACCGAUGCUUAACCCAACGCCUGAGGAUGUAGAGGUUGUACGAAGGAUAUCUGCAGAAGCCGCCAAGACUCAACUAAGACUCACUGAUUUAACUAACUCUUUAACUCCUCAAGAAAGAGAUGAAAUAAAGAAGAGACUUCAAAAGAAUCAGCAGUUAUUUGCCCAAGUUAGUAGUUAUGCACCUCAAGUUUACCUCUUCACUAAGAGUGAAAGCUUUUUGAAGGAAGUUUUACAAUUGAGGAUCUUUAUCAAAGAGAUUCUAGAGAAGUGCUCCAAGGGAAUCUAUGUAGUCAAGCUUGAUACUGUAGAUAAAUUGGUUAUCAAAUAUCAGAAGUAUUGGGAAAGCAUGAAAAUUCAGUUGUUGAGAAGACAGCAAUUAUUACAGCAGCAGCAACAACAACAACAACAAGGCAUGGACCCUAACAGAGCUCAAAACUCUCAACAGCAACAGCAACAGAACCAGGCAAAUAUGCAACAGGCACGUAAUAGAAAGCCAACUAAAAACCAAACCACUCCUGCUAUUGCAGCUAGUGUUGCAAUGAACAUGAAUGACAAGGGCGCUUCAAUGUCACCCGCUUUACAAAAGGCUGGAUCUGCUGUACCGAACUUUGCACAACAAAUGUCACCUAACAUGACACCAGGAACCAUCCCUCCAACAAAUGUGUUAUCACCUCACUCUCAAAGCCAUAUACCAAUGGUGUCUCCAACGAUGGCAAAAGCAGCAUCUGCUGCAGCCUUAAAGAAUGACACUGCUAGUAGCAGUCGCCGUGGAAGCACAAAACCUAGAGGCAAGUCAACUGCACCGGUUACUGGUAAAAAGACAUCUAAUGCACCAACACCCCAAGUUGUUCCUGCUACCGUCCCAAGCACAACAAACUUGUCGGCUGCCGGUACACCAAAUAUCAGGAAUAAAUCAGCUACCCCAUUAACUGCAGGCUUGUCACCAAAGUCCACGAUUCGUUCCAAUUCUAACACAGCAUUAGCUUCUGCAAAAACUCCAUCACCAAUGACUGUAUCCAUUCCACAACCUGGGAAUAGCUCGGUUUUCAAGAAAGAAGAGGAGUAUUUGUCUAAGUUACAAUUAAGAAAAGAAGAGAUUCGAUUCCGCCAAAAGCAGAGACUAGAUAUUCUAAGUAGUUCUCCGGUUGAUUUAUUUUUGACUACUGUUGCUGAUUGUUUGGGUAUUAAUGAUGAAGAAAUUGAAUUGAUAAACAAAAUACCAGAAACCACUGCUGACAACAUUAAUAAUACAGGCAAGAAGAAAUUAACUAAAGCUGCUCAAAAGCUAAGAGACAAGGAGAUAUUGAAUGUGUCGAUACAGGUUGGUGAAAAGGAUAAACUUAUCAUGUCGAGCAAAGCACCUGAUAAGGUUAUGGACUACUCCAUUAGUGCAAUGUCGCUGGCGGCAGUUUUCAAAAACUUAUCUAGUACAGGUAGCCUGAAUAAUAUCGCACUUUCUGGCAGUAAUGCAACUACUUCCAAGGACAUCGGAAAUAUCUAUUCACACACAGGUGGUGUGAAAAGAAAAUUUGAUGAAGUUGAGAUUAGUCCAAAUUCUAAUGGAUCUCCUUCUGCUUCGAUAAUGAGUGAAUCAAAGAAAAUUAAAAUUGACUCACCUGAAGACAUGUUUGUAACGCAUUCUUCUGAAGCCGCCAAAGGCACUAACAAUUCAUCACUGAUGGAUUCAGGUAAAGAAGGCUCCUGCAAGAGUAUGGCUGGUUCCGCAACUGAGGUCAAUGACACUAGCAUUUGGGAUUGGAAUUUCUGGACAAGUAUAGAGUAA